CGGGGGCGGGACCGCAGUGGAGGCUGGAGGUAGGCAUCGGGAUGCAGCGCCCCGGGCCCUUCAGCACCCUCUACGGGCGGGUCCUGGCCCCGCUGCCCGGGCGGGCCGGGGGCGCGGCCUCUGGCGGAGGCGGCAACAGCUGGGGCCUCCCGGGCUCGCACGUGCAGCUGCCAGGGCGUGCACAGUCCGGGACCCGCGGCAGUGCUGGUAGCGCAAGCACCAGCGGCGGGGACUCCAGCAGCGUCUGCUCGGCCCCCUUCACGAUGUCCAAGGCCGAGGAGGCCAAGAAGCUGGCUGGCCGCGCGGCCGUGGAGAACCACGUGAGGAAUAACCAAGUGCUGGGAAUUGGAAGUGGUUCUACGAUUGUCCAUGCUGUGCAGCGAAUAGCUGAAAGAGUGAAACAAGAGAAUCUGAACCUCGUCUGUAUUCCCACUUCCUUCCAGGCCCGUCAGCUCAUCCUGCAGUAUGGCUUAACCCUCAGUGACCUGGAUCGACACCCAGAGAUUGACCUUGCCAUCGAUGGUGCUGAUGAAGUAGAUGCUGAUCUCAAUCUCAUCAAGGGUGGUGGAGGCUGUCUGACCCAGGAGAAGAUCGUGGCUGGCUAUGCCAGUCGCUUCAUUGUGAUCGCUGAUUUCAGGAAAGAUUCAAAGAACCUUGGGGAUCAGUGGCACAAGGGAAUCCCCAUCGAGGUCAUCCCAAUGGCCUACGUCCCAGUGAGCCGAGCUGUGAGCCAGAAGUUUGGGGGUGUGGUUGAACUCCGCAUGGCUGUUAACAAGGCAGGUCCUGUGGUGACAGAUAAUGGGAAUUUUAUCUUGGACUGGAAGUUUGACCGGGUACACAAAUGGAGUGAAGUGAACACAGCCAUCAAAAUGAUCCCAGGUGUGGUGGACACAGGCCUGUUCAUCAACAUGGCUGAGAGAGUCUACUUCGGGAUGCAGGAUGGCUCAGUGAACAUGAGGGAGAAGCCUUUCUGUUGACCCUGCAAGGAGCAGAGUGUGUUCACCUUGAGUCUCCAGCUCACAGCCAGGGUGGACAGACCUCUCCAGGAGCCUUUGCCUUAAUGUAUCUGCGCCAGGGUACACAACUGGCAGGGUGGGGGGCGGGGGGUGUUUAAAUCCGGUCUUCUGAAGUAUUGUUAUUAAAUGUCUUUUUAACAAGAGAAAUAUAAACAUAUAUUUUUACUAUUACAAUAUUGUUUUUUUAUAAAGUAGAACUUGAUUCCAUGUUUUAUAUGAAACAUUUACCAAAAAAAGGGGGUGAAUAGGGGGAAUGGUCUUUAAAACCUUUGACUUGAGCCUGCUGGUUAAGCUUCUGAAUAUUGGAUUUGCUGAGAAAUAAAAAUCAAAACCUUUCUUUAAGCUGGUAAAAUGAAGGGCCCAGCCAGCAGUGAUCUCCUGAUGCCUUACUGGAAACUUUGUUUACUUGUCUGCCACUAUCUGUUUUGUUUUGAGUUAGUUUUCAUUGUAAGCACGCACAAUACCUAGUUAUAUCUUAAGAUCAGGUUUACAGAAGUCUGCUGGGUAGAACAGUGUGGUGUGGAGUGACUUGGAAUGUUAGCUUUCAGGGAGAAAAUGUGGUUGUUUUUUUCUAAGAUCGAAGGGUUUCUCCAGAUGCCUGCUGUUGUAAGCAGUUGGCCAGAAAUGCUUGCCAAUACUGCCAAAGCACUGAUGUGAAAUGUGAAAUAUUUGUUUCUUUAAUGAUUUCAUUGUUAAUAUUUUUUGUGUUCCUUUAUUAUUACUUGCAUGUUUUGGCAUCAGAAGUCAUCACCUCUUUAUAUUGUUUGCAGAUUGAAAUAAAACAGUGUGGUGCCA